UUUCUAACCAACUUUUUUCUCAAUGGAUGAAGAAUUGCAAAAAUUAAUUAAUAAUUGGCUUGAAUGGGAUAAGAACGAAGACACUCGAAGGCAAAUUCAAAAGCUGGUUGAUACAGACAAUUUAGCAGAACUUAAAGCUUUGAUGAUCGGCAAACUUUCCUUUGGAACUGCAGGUGUGCGCACAAAAAUGGGACCAGGCUUCACUCAAUUAAACGACCUUACAAUUAUACAACUCUCACAUGGAAUGGCCCAACAUUUAUUACAAGACAUGGCUAGUAAAGGAAACAAUAAAAUACCCAAAAUUGUGGUUGGGUUUGAUGGACGUCAUAAUAGCUUGAGAUUUGCUCAAUUAGCCUCCAAUGUAUUCAUUAAAAAUCGAAUUUGUGUAACUUUGUUUUCUGAAUGUGUUCCAACACCUGUUGUUUCGUUUGCCGUUGUCGAAUUAAAUUGUGAUGCUGGUUUAAUGAUAACAGCCUCCCACAACCCAAAAGAAUAUAAUGGCUACAAAGUUUAUUGGAAUAAUGGAGCUCAAAUACUUUCCCCUCACGACAAAAAAAUCUGCCUUCUUGCUAGAGAAACACCCCCAAAAGAAGAUUAUUGGAAUAUUACAACUUUAAAUUCAACAAACAAUUUAUUUUCUGUUGCUGAUUCUGUUCUGGAAAAAUAUUUUUGUAAUGAGUCUGCUGUUUGUUGUUUUUAUAGAGAAUUAAAUGCAAAAACUUCACUUAAAUUUACUUAUUCUGCCUUCCAUGGUGUUGGUUCUAAAUAUGCUCGUAGAAUGUUUAAAGAAUUUGGAUUUCCAGAAGAUGCUUUUUCUUAUGUUAAGGAACAAGACGAACCCAAUCCAGACUUUCCAACUGUUUCCUUCCCAAAUCCAGAAGAGGGCCAUGCUGUUCUCAAACUUUGUUAUCAAACAGCUGAGGAAUUUGGUGCUACUUUAAUUUUGGCGAAUGAUCCGGAUGCCGAUAGACUUCAAAUUGCUGAAAGACAGCCUGACGGGGAUUGGCGUUUAUUUAAUGGUAAUGAAAUGGGUACUUUGUUAACUUGGUGGAUUUGGACUCAUUGGAAACAAAGAAAACCAGAUAUUCCAGCUGAGGAUGUUUAUAUUCUAAAUAGCGCUGUUUCUUCUCAAAUAGUCGCUACAAUGUCUAAAAUUGAAGGCUUCAAAAACGACGUUUCUUUAACUGGUUUUAAAUGGAUCGGCAAUUUGGCGCAUGAAAUUCGUAAAAAAGGAAAAUUGGUUAUUCUUGCGUGGGAAGAAUCUAUAGGGUUCGCAACAGGAACAACUCUUGAUAAGGACGGAGUAAGCGCAGCAGCAGUAUUUGCAGAAAUGGCCAAUUAUUUAGCUUCCCAAAAAUUAAAUAUGAAAAAACAAUUAUUUAAUAUUUACAACAAAUACGGCUUCCAUUUAAUUAGAAAUUCUUAUUGGACAGUUCCAGAAAAUAGUGUAACAAAAAAAUUAUUUAAUAAUCUUCGAGAAAAUGGAAAAUAUCCAGUUAAUAUCGAUGGAAACAAAUGCAAGGAAAAAUAUGUUGUGAAGCAUGUUCGGGAUUUAAAUACUGAUGUUUUUCUGAAUGUUUGCUUAUGUUUUUUUGGAUGUUUUCAAUGUUUUUGUGUUCUUUGUAUUGAAUGUUUUUUGAUGUUUUGUAAUUGUGUUUUUAAUGUUUUUUGGAUGUUUUGUUCGUUGUUUUUAUUUUUAAAUGUUGUGUUUCAAUGUUUUUGUAUUUUUCUUGGUCUGUUUAAAUGUUUUUAUGAAUGUUUUGAUUCUUCCCAACCAAACAACAAAGCAAUUCUCCCAUUAAGCACAACUUCAGAUAUGAUAACUUUUACAUUAGCUUCAGGCAGUCUAGUAACUUUACGUGCAAGUGGAACUGAACCAAAAAUUAAAUAUUAUAUUGAAUUACAAACUGAGCCUGGAAAAACUGAAAAUGAUUUGGAACAAGUUGAGAAUGAACUAAACCAAUUAGAAAAUAAUGUUGUGCAGACAUUAUUGCAACCAGAAAAAUAUGGACUUAUUAGCCGUUGA